AGAGCUAGGGUUUUUCAGUUCUGGUAGAAGUAGAGAGAGACAUUUGGGUUCGAGAGAGACUGAGAGGGUCUUCUAAUCUGCAGCGAUCAUCAAGCUUUAAGGAAAUUGUGUCUUUUUUUGUGUGUUGAAAUCGAUCUUUUAAGCAAUCCACGCAUAUAUUACUACUCUUUUGUUGAUUUGAUCGAAUUGAAACCCUAAAUUUGUUGGAAAAAGAAAAGGAAGAUGAGGCCGAUAUUGAUGAAAGGGCACGAGAGGCCAUUGACAUUCUUGAAGUACAACAGGGACGGUGAUCUCCUCUUCUCCUGCGCCAAGGAUCACACCCCGACCGUCUGGUUCGCUGACAACGGCGAGCGCCUUGGCACUUAUCGCGGCCACAACGGCGCUGUCUGGUGCUGCGAUGUCUCAAGAGAUUCUAUGAUGCUCAUUACUGGAAGUGCUGAUCAGUCUGCAAAGCUGUGGAAUGUUCAGACAGGGGCACAGCUUUUUACUUUCAAUUUUGAUUCUCCAGCCAGAGCCGUAGAUUUUGCCGUUGGUGAUAAGCUUGCGGUGAUCACUACUGACCCCUUUAUGGGAUUACCUUCUGCUAUUCACGUCAAACACAUUGCCAGAGAUCCUAGUGAACAGACUGGUGAGUCUGUGCUCACAAUCAAGGGCCCUCAGGGAAGAAUAAAUAGAGCUGUCUGGGGACCCCUGAACAAAACUAUCAUAAGUGCUGGUGAAGAUGCUGUAGUUCGUAUCUGGGAUUCUGAGACAGGAAAAUUGCUUAAAGAGUCCGACAAGGAAACUGGUCACAAAAAGACAAUUACAUCACUCACAAAAUCUGCAGAUAGCUCACAUUUUCUCACUGGUUCCCUAGAUAAAUCUGCCAAGCUUUGGGACAUCAGAUCGUUGACACUUAUCAAGACCUAUGUGACGGAACGUCCAGUUAAUGCAGUUGCUAUGUCUCCACUUCUUGAUCAUGUGGUGCUUGGAGGUGGUCAGGAUGCUUCAGCUGUCACAACUACUGACCAUCGUGCCGGGAAGUUUGAAGCCAAAUUCUUUGACAAGGUCCUUCAAGAAGAAAUUGGAGGUGUCAAAGGGCACUUUGGACCAAUAAAUGCUUUGGCAUUCAAUCCAGAUGGUAAAAGUUUUUCGAGUGGGGGUGAAGAUGGGUAUGUCCGGUUGCACCAUUUCGACCCAGAUUACUUCCAUAUCAAGAUUUAAUUCUUAUGGCAUUACGUGGUAUAUUUUUUUGCUUUUUUCUUUCAUAUUGAAGGUCAAGAUUUUGUAGAACAUAGAACGCCAUUGUCAGGAACGAUGUAACUGACAAAGCAUUGAUCUUUUUGUCCAACUUCUUUUAUUUUUUGACUAAAAACUGAUACAGCAAGAGAUUGUGUUGAUUCUCUGCAUCGAUUUCUUGAUCAAUGACCAACAAGUGAGAAUUUGGGUGA